AUGGGGGAGAUGGUUGACUGCACAACAAACUACACUAACUUCUGUAUGGACACUGUGGUUCCAGUCAGAACUGUACGCUGCUUUGCUAACAACAACCCCUGGAUAACAAGUGACAUCAAGGGCCUUCUGAACCAGAUGAAGAGGGCCUUUAAAGAGGGCAACACCCAGGAGCUCAAGCGGAUACAGAGGGAACUAAGAGCCCAGCUCAGGGAGGCGAAGGAGCAAUACAGAAAGGAAAUAGAACAAAAGAUGCAGACCAACAACAUGAGGGAAGUGUGGGAAGGGAUGAAGAUCAUCACUGGCUGCAACUCCAAGAGAGGUGCCCCCACUGAGGGGGAUGUGGGAAGGGUAAACCAGCUUAACCACUUCUUCAAUAGGUUUGACCAGCCCAACCCAUUCACACCUCUGAACACAGCAGCCCCCACUCUCCCUCAAGUCAUCACCACAGAAGGGGAGGACACCUCCCUUCCCCCCAUAACACCUCCAAGGACAAUCACAGCAGCUCAGGUCCUGAUGGUCCUGAGUAUCCCAGAGACCACUGAAGGCCUGUGUGAGGGAGCUGGGACACCCCCUUCAACGUAUAUUCAACCGGAGUUUGGGAGAAGGGAGGGUCCCCCAGCUGUGGAAGACAUCCUGCAUCAUCCCAGUCCCAGUCCACACAUGAUGAAGACCAUAGAACGGCUGCUGCUCCACCACCUGAGACCACAGACCCACCACGCCCUGGACCCACUGCAGUUUGCUCACCGGUCCCUAUCUCACCUGGACAGAGGCAGGGGUGCUGUGAGGAUUACAUUUUUGGACUUCUCCAGCGCCUUUAACACAAUCCAGCCACUGCUGCUCAGGGACAAACUGACAGAGGUGGGAGUUGAAACACACCUGGUGGCAUGGAUCACUGAUUACCUGACCAACAGACCUCAGUAUGUGAGGCUAGGGGACAGCAGGUCUGACACUGUGGCCAGCAGCACAGGAGCACCGCAGGGAACUGUACUCUCUCCGGUCCUGUUCACCCUGUACACCUCCGACUUCCAGUCCAACACGGAGCUCUGCCAUGUGCAGAAGUUCGCAGACGACACGGCCAUCGUGGGGUGCAUCAGGAGUGGACAAGAGGACGAGUACAGGAAACUGAUCCAGGACUUUGUCACAUGGUGCGACUCCAAUCACCUGCGCCUCAACACCACAAAGACCAGAGAGAUGGUGGUGGACUUUAGGAGACCCAGGCCGCAUCCACAACCGGUCACCAUCAAAGGAGAAUGUGUGGAGGUGGUCCACACUUACAAAUACCUGGGAGUGCAAAAGGGACAGAGCCGCAUGUACUUCCUCAGAAGGCUGGCAUCCGUCAACAUCUGCAAGAUGCUGCUACAGAUCUUCUACCAAGCGUCAGAGCAGGCCAGUCCAAGUUCCAACAUGGGGACUACGGGACUUCAAUCGUCGCUAUGGCUUCUCUGUCUGACACUGCUGGUCAGCGUGCUCGCUCAAGAAAAUCGUCCCAGUGUCAACCAAGUGGGACAAUCUGCAGGAGAGUCAUCUCACCUGGGUCGAGUCUGCAUGACCUGGGGACAGAACCACUGGAAGACCUUUGACGGAGACUACUUCCAACUGUCCUCCUCCUGCACACAUGAGUUGGUGGCACAGUGCCAAGAAUCCUUUGAAAAUUUCAAUAUCCAGAUGAAACGCAAGCUGGUGAAUGGCAUUGCCACCAUUGAGCAAAUCUUAGUGAAACUGGAAGGUUCUGUGGUUCUCAUUACAAGUGAGGGGGUGCUCAUCAAUGGAGAGCCAGUGACUUUACCGUUGGUUUCAUUUGGGUUCAAUAUCAAAGAGGCAACGUCCAGCAUCAUCCUUUAUGCAAAAAUGGGGAUCAUCAUUUAUUGGAAUCGCGAUGACUCCAUGGACAUUGAGAUGGAUGAAGAGUUCCGAGGGCAGACAUGUGGACUUUGUGGAAACUUUGAUGGAAUCAACAAUGAGUUCCCAAGUGAUGGAUCUCUCUCUGUGAUAGAUUAUGCUGAACUCCACAAAGUGAGUCAGCCAACAACUGUUUGCGUGGAACCACAACAAAACAAUCAACGGCUCUGUGGAUUGAAGAGUGCCUGCGAGGAAAUCUUCUCCAGAGCUCCAUUUAGCAGCUGUCAAAACCUCCUGGACAUUGAUUCCUUUGUCACCGCCUGCCGGUCUGAUCAGUGCUACAGUGACAAAUCUGUUCUGUGUAGUACAGUCUCAGAGUUCUCGAGACAGUGCGUCCAUGCAGGCGGACAGCCUCAGCAGUGGCGGAGUCCAUCUUUUUGCCCUAAGACGUGUCCCACUGGCAUGAUGUUCCUGGAGUGCAGCAGCUCAUGUCCCAACACUUGCUCCAACCCUGAGGCCUCCCAGACUUGUGACAGCCACUGUAUGGACGGUUGCAGCUGCCCUGCUGGAACUGUCUUGGAUGACAUUGGUGAAAAUGGCUGCGUAGCAGUGGAAUCCUGUCCUUGUUUGCACAGCGGCAAGGCCUACAAAUCUGGAGAGUCGUACGAAUACAACUGCAGAUCUUGUACGUGCCAGAACGGUCGGUGGUCUUGCACUGAAAACGAUUGUCCAGCGACCUGCUCUGUGGAAGGGGGCUCCCACAUCAACACAUUUGAUGGCAAGGCCUACACAUUUCAUGGAGAAUGCAGCUACAUAAUGGCACAGGAGAGCAACGGCCUGUAUACCAUAUUGGUAGAUCUUAUGAACUGCGGUGUGGUUGAAGGCAGAACCUGCCUCCGAGCUGUGACUUUGUCGCUGAACAACAACUUAGUGGUCAUGAAAGUUCAAUCAUCCGGUCAGGUCUUUGUGAACAAGAUUCUCUCUCAGCUUCCAUUGUUUACCUCUGAAGUGAAGGCCUACAAAGCCUCAUCCUUCUACAUCCACAUGAACACCAGGUUUGGCCUUCGACUGACAAUUCAGCUCAGUCCAUUGAUGCAAGUCUACAUUUCAGCAGACAGUUCACUCAAAGGGACCACUUCAGGUCUGUGUGGAAACUUUAACAACAUCAUGAGUGAUGACUUCAAGGUGAGCAGUGGGCUUGUGGAGGGUACAGCAGCAGCCUUCGCCAAUGCCUGGAAAACAAGAGCAUCUUGUCCAGAUGUUUCGACGCGCUUCACUCACCCUUGCAGUCAGGGAAUCAACAAAGAGGAGUUUGCCCAGUUCUGGUGCUCCAAACUCACUGACCCCAAUGGAGUGUUUGCACCGUGCCACAGUUCCAUCAGCCCAACAAUGUAUAAAGAUAAAUGCAUGUACGACACGUGCAACUGUGAGAAGAGUGAAGACUGCAUGUGUGCUGCUGCUUCUGCGUAUGUCUACGCUUGCUCAGCUGCAGGAGUGCUGAUUACUGGAUGGAGGGAUGUCAUGUGCAGCAAGUUCAGCACUUCAUGCACUCCAGGAACUGUGUAUGAGUACAGCAUGACCAGCUGUGGCCGCACUUGCUACGCCCUCAGCCAGAUGGACUACACCUGUGACUCAAGCUUCCCCUCAGUUGAUGGUUGUGGAUGUUCAAUGGGAACAUACAUGAAUGACAACGGCCGUUGUGUGGCCAGCACAAGCUGCCCUUGUUAUGACGGAGAAAACAUAAUUCCCAGUGGUCAAGUUAUCAACAAAGAUGGAGGAACAUGUUUCUGCAGAGAAGCACGUCUUAGCUGUGAAGGAGUGCAAACACAAGUGACACCCUCAUGCAAGGAGCCCAUGGUUUAUUUCAACUGCUCCGAUGUGACGCCCGGGAGUUCUGGAGUCGAGUGUCAGAAGAGCUGUGGGACUCUGGACAUGGCUUGUAUGAGCACAAGCUGCACAUCAGGAUGCAUGUGCCCAAAUGGUCUGAUCGCAGAUGGACUUGGAGGUUGUAUCAGCGAGAGUAGCUGUCCGUGUGUGUACAAUGGAAAACUCUACCAACCUGGAGAGACACUCACCGUUGACUGCAACACAUGCUCGUGUCGCAACAGGAAGUUCACCUGCACCAACAACGUUUGCGAUGCUGUGUGUGGUAUCUAUGGUGACGGCCAUUACAUUACCUUUGAUGGCAAAAGGUUUGAGUUCAGUGGAGAAUGUGAAUACUCACUUGCUCAGGACUACUGUGGCUCUGACAGUGGAAGCGUCAGAAUUAUUACUGAAAAUGUUCUAUGUGGAACCACGGGAACGACCUGUUCCAAAACCAUCAAGAUCUACCUUGAGAGUGACGAGUAUCUCCUCAAAGACGAGACCCUUCGAGUGGUUAAGGGCAGCAGCCCCUCUCAGGUAUCCAAGAUGGGCAUUUACUUAGUGGUGGCCAUCAAACCAGGACUAGUGGUCAUGUGGGACAAGAAGACCAGUCUGUUCAUCAAACUUGGCACACAGUAUCAGGGAAAAGUGUGCGGUCUUUGUGGAAACUAUGACGGCAAUAGCAAGAAUGACUUCACCACACGCUCCCAGGAGACAGUAGCCGAUGUUCUGGAGUUUGGUAACAGUUGGAAGGUUUCAUCUGGAUGUCCUGAUGCCAAGCUAUCAACAGAUCCCUGUACCAGCAACAGAUACCGUGCAGCAUGGUCCCAGAGGCAAUGCAGUAUCAUCACCAGUGUCACGUUUCAAGACUGUCAUUCAAAGGUGGAUCCUGGUCCAUACUAUGAUUCGUGUGUCAGAGAUUCUUGUGCUUGCGACACCGGUGGGGACUGUGAGUGUUUCUGCACAGCUGUUGCUGCCUACGCAAAAUCUUGUAAUGAAGCUGGAGCCUGUGUAAAAUGGAGAACUCCAAAGCGAUGCCCCGUGUUCUGUGACUACUAUAACUCCCCCGAUGGCUGUGAGUGGCACUACAAGCCCUGUGGUGCUGACUGCAUGAAAACCUGCAGGAAUCCCUCUGGAAAUUGUUCUGCUCUCAUCACUGGCCUGGAAGGAUGUUACCCACAGUGUCCACCAGCCCAACCUUUUUUCAAUGAGGACUCAAUGACCUGUGUUGCCUGGGAACAGUGUGGCUGUUAUGAUGAUCAGGGCACCAACUAUGGAAUUGGGGAUUAUGUACCAUCAGAAAACUGCUACAGCUGCUCGUGCAAACUAUCAGGAAUUAGUUGCGUCUAUGACGUAAACUACUGCUCUUGCUUUGUCAAUGGGAAAACUUACAAGUAUGGAGAAACCAUUUACAACACCACAGACGGCCUGGGCAGUUGCAUGGAAGCUGUCUGUGGACCUGAUGGAGUUGUUAUAAGGGACGUCUAUCCAUGUCCAAAGACUACAACGCCUCUUCCUACAACAACUCCAUUCAAAUUCAGCACAGUUGUUACAACUCCAGUACCAAAAAGCACAGCAGUGGUCACAACCACGCCUUCAGUAACUCCAGGUCCAACAACAGGCACUGCAGCAACAGCAGUUACGCAGCCACCGAUUGUCACCACUGGACCUGUGUCCACUAACUACUAA